AUGGCCACCCCGACAACCUACGCCCAGUUCACGCCCCCGGCAUCAUGCGGCAUCGGUAAGGACCUCUACGCAGUAGAAAAGACCUGCUGGGUGUAUGACCCCCGCCCCUCACCCACCGUCACAGUCAGUCCCCCAAAAGUGCCCGAGUGCACUGCCGUCCAGCUGGGAGACCCCUACGACAGAUACAACCCAGACUGCUACGCCGCCUGGUCCUUCCGCCCCGGCGGCGCCACCGGCGUGAGCUACGUCGGCUGCCCAGUCAGCUACACCGUCGCCACCUCCACAACCUGGCACCCGUUUUGGAGGACAGUCGACGGCACAAGCACCCGGGCGAUCGACGUCGUGGAGAAAAUCGUUCACUGCUGUCCUGAAGGUGGCGUCAAGUUCACGUACUUUGACGAAGGGGGUAGAAGCAGCACGUUUGUGCACGAGGGGAUCACCUGGAGGGCGGAUGCGUAUCUCAUGCCGCGGUGCAGGGGGACCGCGAGGGGGGAGAGGAGGACGGUCACCUUGACCGAGUACACCGAUACUCAGGGGUGGGAGAAGAAGAAGCGGGACGUGGGUUUGCGGACGGAGGUGUGGGAGGGGGAUAAGGAGGUUUGGGCUGGGCAGGAGAGUUAUUACGCGACUUACUUUGCGGAUGGGCACACUUGUUAUGGGAAUUGUACAAAGUAUUGGCUGGAGAGCUAUACCUCUCCGGUUUAUGUGCCCACGACCAAGGUGGAGGAGAGUGAGGUGGUCACGACGACCACUCCGGAUAGAGAUGACGCUACUACUACUGCUGCUGGUGGCGGCACUGUCACUGUGACGAUUCCUCCUACUACUGGGCCGGGGACUGGUGGGUUGUUACCGACUCCUACACAAUCUAAUCAGGUACCCGUGCCUGCGGGCGGAGUGGUGGGUAGAGGCAGCGUGAGAGCUGGGCUGUUGGUGGGUUUGAUGGGGGUUGUUGUUGGUCUUGUGAUUUAG